AGGGCGUUCUCUUUGCGGUCAGACCGGGCAGAGUCAUCCCGAGGGGUGGGUCCUCCGGCAGCAGAAAAGGAAAACCCACCUUUUUUCAUUGUUAAGGACGCGGUGGAAUGUGAUGGUUUGAUCUCAAACGAGCCAGGGAGGGGAAUAUCCGAGAGGAAAGGACCGACUCGAGUUUAGGUGAAGAGGGGAAACCAAAAAAAACACUCUCUCUGGUUUGUAUCUGCGGAUAUGUGGAUGAACUUGUCCUCGCCGUGUCGGCACCAGCGAGUCCCACCGUCCGCAUGAGCUGAAGCCGUGUGAAGUUGUUGGAUUUACCGUGGCGUUUUUUUUUUUCUCCUGACCCGGCGGUGGACCAGCUAAAGAGGUCAGUUUUUGGAUGGUGGACAACCUCAAUGUAACCGCAUAAAGAGCUGACUCCAAGGCUAUGGAUCUACUAAUGAUGGAGACUUUGGGAAGAGAAGAUUAACAGGCGAUAAAUAAAAGGAUGCAUCUAAAAUAUGACAGAUUCAUCUCCUAAACACCACUCCGAGGGAACUUGAAAGUCUUAAAGCAACAGUGACAAAAACAAAGCUAGACAGACCGCAGAGUGAAAAGUGUAUUUCCCCUAGAACCUAAGGGACUUGAUAUCACCACCACACAAAUGUGGACCUCCCAAAACGUUGUCAUCAAAUAAUUUGAACAACAAAAGAAACACAAUAGAAAUAACACACACAAUUUGUAGCCAUGUCUGACCAUAAAGACAUGACACAUCGCCACCUGCGACACAAGCUGCAGAGUCUCGGCCGAAGACUAGAUGAACUGGAAGAAGCAACCACCAAGCUUCAGAAGUCUGAGGAUGAGCUACUUGACCUGCAGGACAAAAUCAUCCAGGCAGAAGGCAGCAACUCAUCCCUGCUUGGUGAUGUGGAGGUCCUGAGGAAAUGUCUCUUAAAAAUCCAGGGUAAGGAUGAAGAGGUACGCAAAGCUGAGGACCUCUGCCGUACAGUCAGAGAAAAACUGGAAGAGGAGGAAAGCCUCACAAAGGACCUAAAAGCUGAGAUUGAACGUCUGCAACGGAGGAUGGCCGAACUGGAGAAACUGGAAGAAGCUUUUGGGAAAAGCAAGUCUGACUGCAGCCAGCUCUGCCUAAGCCUCAAUGAAGAGAAGAACUUGACUAAGAAGCUCUCGUCUGAGUUGGAGGCCCUCAAAGCACGGUUGAAAGAGAUGGAGGGAUCUGAAGCAAAGCUAGACAGAGCAGAGCAGGCUUUGGCUAUGGAGCUUGAGAAACUCAAAGGAUUCACCCAAGCCUUUGUGAGUGAGCGUAAGAGGCUACUAGAGAAACAGAGAGAUGAUGAGAAGAUCAUUCUAAAGCUGACAGAAAAAUUGGAGCAGCAGAAGAACCGCCUUGGCAUGUCAGCAGACCCUGGUCGUGCAGACUUCAUUAGGUCUCGAAUUGAGGAUGAGCUUUCAUCCACGGGGCUCCUCACGAGUAAACUAGCCGGACGAAAAAAGAGCCUUGAUUACUUGAAGAUGGCCGAUGACAUCGGUCUUAUGAACAAAUCUGAGAAUGAAAAGAACAGUGGUCUCGAGGGCUCGCAGGAAGAAGAUAACAAAGUAAAGGAGCUGACACAGGAAGUCGAGAGGCUGAAGAACCGCCUUAAACAACUGGAAAUAGUGGAGGAAGAUCUAAAGAACUCAGAGUCCAAAAAUCAUGAAAUUAAUGAUAAGUUGCAGAUCGAACGAAACCGGGUUUGCCAACUAAGCGAGCAGGUGGAACAGCUCAGGAUGCAGCUGUGUGGGAAAGGUGGAAUUGGAAGAAAUGGAACCAGUAAUGUGGAUAAACAUGGCAAUGGAAGCACUAACAUUUGCCCCAACAGCCCUGCUAAAGUCCUGGAGAAUGGCAAAGCUGAAAAUGAGGAGAUUAUUGCUAAGGGAGGUUUCAGACAAGAGAAACCCAAAUACAGGAUUCCUGCAACUGUCUCAGAGCCAAGUUCCCCGAAACACAGGAACAGGGAGCUCUCUCCUCAACAUAAGAGAGAGACCAAGCUGAGGAGCAAAGAGCCGAGCCACUCAGAGGAAAGCUCUCCUAAGUCUGCGAGGAGAGCCCUUAGUCCCGCUCACAAGAGUAGAAGGACACCCAAAACCCCAACUACUGCAUUUUCAUCUGAUAACGGAAUAAGAGACACAGGACGAGGAACUGAGGAAAAGACAAGAGGACCCAGUCACUACUCUAUGAAUACACAUUCUAGUGAUAUUAAAAAAGCGUCUGUUCUUAGUCGCUACCCUCCAGCGGCUAAUGACCAGAAGCCACUGAGGACAGCUCACAAACAGACUGAUGGGGAGACUAAAAAGAGCAGAGUAGAAAAGUUCUCAAAAUUAUACGUUGGUAGUGAUAGUGAAUCGAACAACUCUGAUGUAGUGCCUGAUAGUUCCAGUAACAUCAACAGUGUCUCUGCUUUAGAGAAGGACACAGCGUCUGCCUCAGAUCAGGAGUCAACAGACCAGGUUCAGGAAUCUGUCUCUGUAUCUGUCGCCUCCACCCUGUCCAAAGCCAAUGGAUCCUACACAGCCUACAGAUCCCAAGUCUCUUCACUGCUGCCCAAUGACCAGGGAUCAGAGGGACAUUCAUCUGCCUCUGAAACCGAAUCUACUGGUUCAAGGCCCUCUGAACCAGAUCCUGUAACUGAGACAACUACUACAACAGUAAGCAGUAGGACUUCAACCUCUAGAUACCCAAGAUACUCCCAUGUUCAAGACUCACAUUCAGAGGGCUCUUCUACCAGGAGCUCAUUUGAUGAGGAGCUCCACAGCAGAACACCGUUAGCCGAGGGAGGCCACCAGGGGCCCACACAUACUGCAUCAGGGAUUGAGAUCCAGCGAGUGUGCAGCCCACGUGAGGCACUGAGGUCUAAAGCUGUCAUCAAACCUGCGAUUGUCGAGAUUGAUAGGAAGGAAGUGAUGAUUUCAGAGCCUUUGUCUACAAAUGGCAAACCCAAAAUCUCCACCAAGCCUAUGGUGACGAGCACUAGUAAAAUGACCAGUAGUAUAACCAUCUACCCCAAUGACCCAAGCUCUUCCAGAACCAGCAGUCGCAGCAGCAGUGUGUCCAGUGAACCCUUACCGAUUAAAGAACGCCACACCUCCACCAGUAACAUCCUUAUAGGCCCCAGCAGUGAGCACCAUGGCAGCAUCUCCGUCCCGUAUGAGAUCUCCAUUCCCAAGAGUGAGAUCACCUUGCGGCCAUGCCAGGACCAAGACUGUGGGGUAGACAACCACAAUGAUUCCUCAUCAAGGUCCAAACUCCACAACACCACCACCAGCCACCUGUGCUGCCAACGCAGCAACUUCAGCCUCCAGUCCCCGGACACCAUCUCAGCAGACUUGAACGACACAGAGUCAGGCUUCGAAAGCAGCAGCAGCAGUAGCACCACCACGGUCACCAGCUGGAGACGCCAAAGACAAAGCCAACACUCCCAAGAAGAUAGUUUACCAGACAUGAAGAAUGUUACUGUGAGAAGUACCUGGAAGAACCGGGGCACUGGGUCUGUGGAUGAGCCAAGCCAGGGAAGAGGAGGUACAAAGACGAUGGCUGAUGGUGGAUCAGAGGAUGAAACAGAAGUGGCAACAACAUGGAGGGCUUACAGGGCAACUACCUUUGAUACAGAAGAAACGAUAAACAGUGGAACAGGAGCUGGUGGGAAUGCUGAGGCCCAGAAGGGAGCCAAGCCAUCCCCUGCAGAGGUAUACAUGCGUAGGAUCAACAGCGUGGUUACUAACACUAGAGAAGUCGAGGAACCAGGGAUACGCAAAGGCAAAUGCUCACAGUCUCCCACAAUGGAGGCAGGAGGUCUGGGAAGGGUCCUACCCCACGCACCUGUUACCUCUCAGUCCUGGGGCCGAUCAUACACACAGCAACCACAGGCUGCUGAUGGUGUGGAGCCCAGUCCAAACCCGAGCCACAGCCCAGCCUCCUGGAGGCGGCAGCUACCCAGCAGUGACUCUCACCAACUGGGGAGCUCUUAUGACCGGGCAUCCAAGAUAGGAGGGGCCUCCUCCAGAGGGGACCUGUGGUCCAGUCGGGGUCAAGGGUCAGGGGCCAGAGCUGAAGGGAGGAGUGGAGCGGGGAGCAGACUGUGGAGCCAACGUCAGUCUGAACAUCAUUAGACCAUUUGGGUCUGAACAGGACUCCUACAGAAAAAGGACAGCACUCUAUUAAUCUCUCAAUGGCACAAGGAGGGCCAAACAUCAGUUUCCCAUCAACUAGUGGCUACACCAUUACCAGCAUCUCAAAAAAGUCAACAUCUACAGCUUUUAUAGGAAGCAAAAAAGAAAACGAGCAGUAUAGAACAACAAACCACAGACAUCCUUACUCUAACCCUGAGUGUAUGCUGAGACGUGAAUGGCUCUUCCUAUCCGGAACUUUCUCUGUCCCUAAAGAGGCAUAAAUGGAAAGACAGUGCCUGUACAGUGUUUUGGACGACGCCUCACCAGCCCAAGUAUCCUCUUCUGCUUCUUGUGUUGGAUGUAUUAUAGUGUAAUCCCGAAACUUGACAAGGAAGAGGUUGGCAUGCUGGGGACGGCUGGAGAUUUUCCUGCGUGCCAGAGAAGGUUUUAAAGAGAGUUAGAGGAAGAAGGACUCAAACGCUGAGAAUGCCUUUCUCGGAAGACCAUUACAGUGACCUCAAUGGAGCCGGAUGUGUCGCUUCUGCAUCAGAAUUUCAACCGUUCUUCAUCACUGAAAAAAGAAAACCCCCCAGCUUCAGUCAACAGCAGUUCAAUGUUUAAGAUGCAUCUUCACCUCACAGGGCCGGAUCUUCAUGCAGAAUUCUUCACAAACUAAAGGAUCUUUACUUUAAAUGUGACCAAAAACAGGAAGCGAAUUACCAUCUGUGCUGACUCGUACCAUGAUAUUCACUUUAGUUUACUGUGUGCUGUUUUUCUGAUACUCUCACACAUACAGUUUGUAGGCAGAACCAUAGAAACAACGAGAAAACAUAUGCACAUUUAAAUCUUUUGGUUCAGUUUUAACCCGUGUCACCACUUUCUGGCAUGCAGCCUCAAACUGGAUUCAAUUUGGCGCCUUCGAUGUUGACCAAACAUUUGCAUGUUUCUAAGUAAUAACUGAAGAGCACUUGAAAGAUUGUGACUCAGCAUGCACUCUGUUCAAAGGAUUGCUGGUUUGGUACAUUAAAGGCGCACACAAACACAGAUUAUUUCUGACACACCGAGACCCUAUUUAAGCCUUUUUUGCCAUUUUCAUCACUUAUUUUGACUCUUUGUAAUUCGCUUCCUGUUCUGCAUUAUCCUUUCCUUUUUCUGCUCAACCAUAUCAAGACAAAAAAAAAAUCGUAGUUUGCACGCAAUGAAAUGCAAUGCACAUGUAGAAGAAAAAUUAUUGGGGUGGGCGCGGGGGGGCAUUGUUUAUAACCUCAAACCAUGCUACAGUUUCCAUGGUGCUUUGUCUUACAGCUGUUGCAAUUGUUCUCAUUCAUGUAUUUUCAGAGAGCCAUAGCAAAAUGGAGUUUCUGUUUUAACUGAACGUUGGACUUUGGAUUACCAGCAAACCUGACCUGGCAAGGCGGACAUAUUUUCUGUGCUGCUGUAAAUACUGUGUACAUGCCAGCCAGUCAUAGGAAGACACAAGACUUCUAACCACAAGGAACUGAUAGUCCAACUUGUGUGUGUGUGUGUGACUGGGUUCGCCGUGCGAAUCGUCCCAGCUUAUCUCCAUUUCUUAUUUCUAUCGAGGUGUAUUAUUUUGUUAAAUCACAGAAUAUCAACUUGUCGUUGGUAUGUUGGAGCAAUCUCUCAUUGGCGGGGGCCACUGCAGCGAUGGGGGGGAGGGGUGCCACAGAAACCGACUUUUAGUAGUGGCCAGUAAUAAAAUAAGUUGUUUUCAUUUAGGUGAAUGGUGCAUAUCUAUGACAGAAACCUCACUGACAUUGUCAAACCUUUCUGUAAUGAGUCCUCAGACAGGCUCCUGAUGGAUGUAAGAUUCAUUGCAGUACAACAGGCGAUGUAAGCGUUGAUCCCACAACAAAAUAUAUGAAUGUUGCUAUUGAAUGCAGCUGAGAAUGACCAAUUGCUUGAUGGCUUGAUGCACCAAUCCCAACACAACUGUGUUCUUUGUCUAUCUGACAAGAUCAUGUAACCAUAACUGUGAUAACUUGGGACACAUGGGAUGUCGGAAAAAACUUUUAAAGCCUGGUCUCCAUCUGGUUCCUCUGCUGUUAUGGAUUUCAAUGCUGUGUUGAGUCAGACCCUGGUGGGUCUGAGUAUUUUUCUCAGUUCUCCUGUAUUCUAUCAGCCGCCAUCUAAUCAUAAUAUUUAUUUGUCUCCAUGCACAGUUUCUUUUAUUGUGAAGAGGUCUGCCUGGUGGCAGGCAGGAGUCCAAUCUGUCGCCGCUUUGUCACUUUACUGUUUAUGCAAGCAGGAGAUUAUAUGCAAUCAAUAAACUCCCCGCCCGUCCCCAUGCAACGUCUGUAACUAUGUCAGUCAUCAUGUACAUGCAGAUCGGAGGUGAUAAGUCCAACCUAAAAUGUUUUAUUUUACAUUUUCUCUUACUGUAAGUUAAUUUCCAUAAACCCUUUGUUAUAAAUCUACAGUAUGUUUAUCUGUGCCUUGAGAUAGGGUAAGAGAGGUAGAUUGUCGCAACAAAUUCCGACUUGCACCAUAUUCUUAUACUUGCAGAAAUGCAAUACAAAUUGCGAGGUUCUUUUUUCGACUUUAUAUUUUUUACAUUCAGAGGAUCGCUGUAUGGAACGUCGUAAAUGUAUUUUGGUUUAAGCGUAAAAGAGGUUCCCUGAGAAAAAAGCUAUUUUUUUUAACCUAACCUAACUUCAAAGUAGCCUUUUAAAGAAUAUAGACCGCACCGCCCAAAAAGCUAUGUCGUUUGGAUUUGUCUGUCAGAUUCGCAGGGUGCAACGCAGCCUCGGAAAGGAUUGCCAUGUGGCCUCUUCAUGGCCGCUGCUGCCUUUAUGACAGAGCAAAAACAGAUCAGACAUACUGUCCGGAGCUCUUAGUACACAAGCCAAAAGUUGAUGAUGAUAUAGCCCUUUCUGUACUUUCUCUGUCAUUGUUUCUAGUACCACUCUUCUCAUUUACCAAGAGGGAAUGCCAUCUCUUCCACAAUCUAUCAUCUUUUCAACCGAUUCCAAUUUUCCUUUUAGUAUUUUAGAGAAGUCCCUCCCUCCCCCUUUCCUCUCUUCCUCCCUCUUCCUCUGUUUCUUUGCAUCUCCCUUGGAAUCUCAUUUCCUAAAGGGAAAGCCAAGUCCUAAACAGGAGUGAUAUGUGUUGUUGGUUCAGAGAGUUGUUGUUUUAUUGAAGGCCAGAGGCCUGUCACCAGAUAGUGAUGGGCAGCUCCCUGGGUAGCUGGAAGGUCAGAGGUCAGGGCUGCAUCUAAUCCUGUCUUUACGUCUUGACUCAGGGCUUCUAAAUACGGGAGGGAGGAAGACGGACAGCUUGGCAGCGAUGUCCACUUUAGGGAUAAUUAAAACAGACGGGGGGUAUCGAAUGUCCGGUUCUGCCUGUACUCAUGCUGCCAGAGAUAAACAUGGUGUGGUCGUCCAUCAGUGUGUGUUGUUAUUAAUAUGUCAGUGAGGGCUCACGUUUUUUAAAGCUGAACAUGUGAACUGGAGUGUUGUAAGCCGCUGCAGAUCCCGGAGUAAGAAGGUGCUGAAUGACAAAUGUGCACGUGUGUUUGUCAGUUUUGGCAUGCGGGGCCAGAGUUUGUUUUUUAAUAGUCGAGGUUGACAUCACAGUUGGUCUGGAUCACUGUAUAUAGCUGCUUGGUGAUGCAAGAACUCUCCUCAACCCUUAUCCUGCCUUACUGCUGCCAUAAAGGUGUACUGUCACUUUUUUUUUCCCUCCGCCCAAUAUAUAUGGUUUUACCCGUCCUCACUACGACUACACUGUGCAACCUCUAUCAUUCAUUUGUCUCUUUCACUUCACUUCUCUCACCCUGAGGUGUGUAUUUGAGUCAGGGGGGUCCCAGGAAGAGCCAGCUGUCGGAAAUUGUAGGUUUUAUGACGCGUUGGAGGGUUUCCCUCCUGGAGACCGUCUUCAAAGAAAGCAGGCCUUCUUAAAGGGCAAAGUUGAAACUGUAUCCUCCGCUAUGCAUGUUGUCUUUCUUCCUUACAAGGCCCCAAAGUACGCUAACAUCUGACUGUACGUCCACUCCGUCCAUUGAAACCUAGCUGGACUCGCUAAGCUGUUGUGCCAGGAUGAAGGUCAGUUGAGGCGUCUAUCUAAAUGUGUUCUGGGCUACAUGCCCUCUACUCACGUUAUAGGUCUUAUCCAUCGCUUCCAGUGGCGAGAGCCUGUGUAGUGUUGACAUGGUGGAAUGUACUGACUGUUCACCAGGGAGUCAAGUGAAGACUUUACAGGUUUCAAGAAUCAAUGGCUUUUGUGGCACUAUAAAGAAACAGCUGGGGGCCUCUUUCAUACUUUUGGUGCUUCCUCUUCCUCUCCCUGAAUGAUGGCAGUUCUGCAGAACAUUUGUUGAAUCGGAGAAUUAUAGCAGAAUAUUUAAUGGCUGUGAAAAUUCCUACAAGGACGAGAGGUGGUGAGGCAGCUUCCGCUUUCCUGCUCAAAUACCAACGAAAGAGUUACCAGAAAUCCUCUUAAGCUCGGCCGGUGUAUGUAUAAACAUCCGUUAUUUACAAGUCAUUGUUUUUUCCUUUUUAUAAAGUAGACUAGAAUGUACUUAGUGGAGAAUGGAGUGGUAGGGCAGAAAUGGCUCUUGGGCAGCAAGCAGGGCCCUUGUCCUAAAAAAGGCCUCCAUUGUGAAGCCAGGGUCAUGGUGUCAUUGCGUGGCGUAGGCUGUAAUCUGCACUUAACCAGCACUUAACUUUAAGACCUCAAACGACUAAUGCCCGCUUAGUCCCCUUUGUCAAAAAGUUUCCUCCUUUGUGUCCCUGAAUUGUACUUUUACUCUUGUUUCAGUAGCUGUUUGCUGAAUGUACCGCAGUCAAAUAUGUUAUGUGUUUUUUGCACCAGUCAAAUUAGAGUAUUUAAAAAUCAUCUCACCAGUUACGGAAUUUUUUUAAGGUAUGGCACCGCGUUACGCCUGCAUCUCAGCCUUUUAACGUGCCAAAAUCAUUCCACAGUAUUUCCAGUUUACAGAUAGAGACAGUGCCAAUAUUUCCCCGGACGGACACCCUGUCUCUAAAAUACUGAAAAUUAAGGGGAACUAAUCAAUUUGAGGGUUUUCUUUUCUUUUUGUUUUCUGCAUAUGUAUGUUUUUAUUUCUUUGUUAAACAAAAGAUGUCUUAUUUUGGAAGCUAUAUUGGAUAGAUUUUAUUUAAGGAAAAUCUUGUAAUUUUGUAAAGUGGGCCUUAUUAUUGAAAUAUAUUAAGUAUUUGUCCAUCUUGAUUUUAAGAAUGAUAUUUUUUUUUGCAAGAUAAUGUAUCUUCCUCAUUGUUAUUACACUCCUGGAGAGUACUUCUUCCUGUGUUUUGUGUUUGUUGUUUUAAUGCAAGACAUUUCUCACGACCUGGAGACAUGAUGGCACACCAUGGAUCAGAGAAAGACCAGAGAGGGAGAGAAAGAGAGAGAGAAAGGCCAGGGCUGUGUCAUAGUCAUUGAAGAAUGAGAGCGAUGCGCAUUUUAUCAGAGCUGAGCAGGUCUGCGGUGCUGAGUGGUUCACCAUGUGUCGUCCCAUCUUUAUCGGGAACUGUUCAGCGCUCCGGGCCUCUACUCUCCUACUCUGUUCUCCCUCGCUCAUAAAUUCAGGGUUUGUACAUCUUCUGUGCUGUAUGUUUGUAAGUGCUGCCAAAGAAAGAGGCGUGCAGGCCCCAGACACACGUGUAUAUAUAAGCGCACAAAAAUAAUCUAAUAGGAAUUUUAAAAAAACAACAACAUAUAGCUGGAUCUCAUCUCUCUUACACACAUACAUGCACAGAUGCAACAAUUUCAGGCCUGUACAAUCAGUCUUUUUUUUAUUUUUAUUGUUAAGUGUUUAUAAGUUCAUUUUGUGUGCUGAAGAAGGAGACUAACAGACAGAGGUGUCAAACAACUAUGUGUAAUGAAAUUGGAUCAAAAGGGUUUUUAUGAUUUAUUACUGCUUCUCAGUGUGUCAGCAAUGCCAGGUGGACUGUGUGGGAAGGCUGUUUUUUUUUUUUUUUUUUCCUCCCUGUUUUAGACUUAAUACAUUGUGCAUGUUUUAACCUUACUGUGGCUGGCGCACUCUGCAUGUAGGUCUCUUGAAGCUGCCAACUGUACAGCAAACCAUAUGUAUUCCAAUAAAAAUAAAAACCAACCUGUUUGUAA